AUUUACUGCAGCGUAAUGAGUCAUAAUAGUUGGAAAACAUUUUUUUGUCUGCAUGGCUGUAUUAUGCUGCCCCUGGUGGCCAUAUCGUGCAGACCAUUAGAAGCCACAAGGAAAUCUUAAUCUUUAAAAAAAUAUAUAAAUAUAUAAUAUAAAGGCUCACAUUAUUAUCUGUCUAAUUUUCUUCAAUGCUUCGUUUAAUAUGUAAUUUGUUUCAUAGCAGUCACCCAAAACGCGUGAGAGCAUUCAAUUCAUCGCUCUGAGAGAAAAGCGCUAACCGUGCGCACCUCUGAGUUGCGAUCAGACCCCCCCCCCCAAACGCCUCUUCCCUUCCUUCCCUUCGUUCCUUCGCUCCCUCCCUCGCUCCCUCCCUUGCUCGCAGAGUCCUUCCUUCCUUCCCAGCUCCCGGCUCGUCCAAAUUGCCGGUACAGACGUGUUUGUCGUGCACGAGGCUGCAUGCGCCAAAGCAAAAAAAAAAAAAAAAAAGAAAAAAAAAAAAGCAGGCGGCCCAUCGUCAAGCUCCGCGCCGGACUAUUUCUCACCUGAGUGACUUGUCUCUCUCUCCCUUUUCUCACCAAGACAUCAGAAACAAAGUGGGGAUACGAUUUUAUCGGUUAUUAUUUUUUUUCAUUUUCCAUUUGACCGCCCGAGCGUUUGCCGUCACUUCAGGCGAGGUUGGGGACAUCUUGAACGCACAGCCAAACCGUCCUGCGUUAUUAUUAUUUUUAAAAUUGCUUCGGAAUUUAACUCUUUUUUUUUUUCCCUGCACUUGACUGAGUUGACAUUGUGCCGGGAUGGAUUCCUUCAUCGUGGCGGCUCUGGUGCUGUGCUCGCUCACCGCCACAGCCUGCGGGGACAAAGGCUCCGGCAAAGCCAGGAGUUGUACGGAUAUAAGGCACUUUUAUAGCGGCAAAGGAUUCUCCCUGGACGGCGUUCCUCAAUCCGAAAUAUCCGGAGAGCACCUGCGCAUCUGCCCCCAGGGCUACACCUGCUGCACCAGUGACAUGGAGGACAACCUUGCCAUGCUGAGCCGGAGAGAGCUGGAGGGGGUUCUCAAAGACGCCGGACGCGCCUUGCAGGUCUCCCUCGGAGGACAGUACAAGGCCUUCGAUGGAUAUUUUCUGGAGUUGCUGAACAGCUCAGCCAUCACACUGCAAGAGACGUUCAUGUCCACCUGGAAGUCUUUCUUCCCCCAGAAUACCCGUGUGUUCACGGACCUCUACACAGAUUUGAGGCACUACUACCGAGGCUCCAACGUCAACCUGGAAGAAGCUCUCAAUGAAUUCUGGGCAAGGCUUCUAGAGAGACUGUUCUUCCAUGCAAACAAGCAAUAUUCCAUUGGGGACGAGUACCUGGAAUGUGUUUCCAAACAGCUGGAGACACUUCACCCCUUCGGGGAGGUGCCUCGUGACAUCAAGACGAAGGUCACCCGCACGUUUGUGGCUGCUCGUUCCUUCGUUCAAGGACUGGUCGUCAGUGGGGAGGUUGUUCGAAAAGUGUCCCAGGUGCCAUUGAGCCAGGAGUGCAUGCGAUCCAUUAUGAGGAUGACCUACUGUCCCCACUGCCGAGGUAUGGCCUCCGCCAGACCUUGCGUCAACUACUGCAGCAACGUCCUGAAGGGAUGUCUGGCCAACCAGGCUGACCUCAACACCGAGUGGCGACACUUGGCAGAAACUAUGAUGCAAGUGUCUGAUCGCUUCGAUGGUCCAUCCGGUUUGGAUGUUGUGGUCCUCUCUCUUCCCUACCGCAUUUCAGAAGCUAUGAUGACCAUGGUAGAAAAUAUGGAGGCAACCAACAGCAAGUUGCUCCUGGCGUGCGGCCCGCUCCGAGAAAAAUCAGUCGGCGGCGCAGAAGCCGACGUCUUCCCGAAGAACGAAAAGGUUACAGUUGAGGAGAGGUCGGCGAGCAGCGCGAAUAAACUUGGCCGACUGGUGUCUGAUGUAACCAUGAAGCUGAGGGACAUGCAGCCAUAUUGGAUUUCUCUGCCGAAAAUGCUGUGCAGCGACCGAGUGGCCACCGGUGCGGGCUCGGAAGAUAGGUGCUGGAACGGAAUGACCCGCGCCAGGUAUCUCCCUGAGGUCAUUGGCGACGGCCUGGCGAGCCAGAUCAACAACCCCGAAGUGGAAAUCGACAUCACCAAGCCGGACAUGGCAAUAAGGCAGCAGAUCAUGCAGCUGAAGAUCAUGACGCACCGCCUGAAGAAUGCGCUCAACGGAAACGACGUGGACUUCCAGGACACCAGUGAUGAUUCCAGCGGUUCCGGAAGCGGCGCCAUUUGCACCGACGAAGUCUGUUCCCGGGGCCCCCGCCUCAUGGCUCCCGUCACCGAGCGACCCGUGUACCCCUACCCCCCUGAAAACAAGAAGGUGGUGAAAAACUCGGUCAGUCAGAACCUCCCCUGCGUCGUCACUUGUCUCCUUUCGCUGCUGGUUCUGCUGCUGCGAUAAUUGCCAGCGGGGGAGAGCGGCCAGCUGGGACUGAGGUCGGGACUGGGUUCGGGCUUCGUGAGGGUUCUAAAUGGUGGGGGAGGAGACCAGAGGUUUGGGUGUUAGUUACUCUGCCAAAACUUCACUUCAUAUAAAGAACUUGGACGGACUUUCUUUUUGGGUUCGGAUGAGAAGAAAAAAAAAAAACAGAAUUACAAGUAUUCAAAAAUGCGCUCUUGUCUUUCAUCUCUCGCUAUAAUAUGACACUGUUAGAGCUGAUUGUGUUAUGUUUUAAUGUUUUUUCUGGUGUUUGGGAUAAUUGGAGAUCCGAUGUGUACCUAUAAGACGUGUAACACUAACACUUCAUAGGGAGAGGAAGACGCUGUCUUUAAUUCAUUUCUUAGUCCUCUUUUAAUGGCACUUAGUAAUUUUGACGGGAUUAUUUAUUUGUCGAUGCCAGAGUGGUUUAAUCACUCCCUAAUAUAAUAUCAAAGUUCAAUUUGGAUCCAUUUUUAGGCAAACUAACCCGGACGGCGCGACCGAUAGAUGUACCAAGCCUCGAAAUCAGCACUUUUUGGGACUGUGUCAGAGGUUCUAAUCGCUACGAUUCAUACUGGCGUGAUUAUUCAAAGUGGGGAGAAACCGGAUCUCCCCCAUGGCCCGACCAUCCCGAUGUAAAGACCCCCCCACCCUUGAGUCAGGUCUCAAAUGACAGUCCGUCCCCCCCUACCUCCCACAUCCCCUGUCCUCACAGGCUUUCCAGGUCAGAAUUUAGAUUAUCGGAACAGAAGCGGGCUCGUGCGGUCGGGUUGCCGCGAGGCAGAACCACAAAGUGCAGCCGUGCAAAGAGCCGCCGCUACUGUAACUUCACCUUUGAAAUUGCACAAAUGUCGCACAGCCGCGUCGUUCAAUACCGACGGAGGCCACAAAACAGGACGAGGGAGGCGAAGUUAUUUAUUUGAUUUGAAAAACUGCGAAUUACCUUUUUAUUAUCAUUCUCCCUCAAUUCUCAUGAAGUCCAUCUUUUGUUCUUUUAUGCAGCAAUCAAGACGAAGCACGCCCUUGUGUCAACACUUACUGGGAGUACACUAAAGGGGGGGGUGUUAAGAAAUAUAAUCCAUAUUGCUCUGUAAACACUUCGUAAAGACGUGGGCGGGGGGGGGCAGAUUUUAACAAUGUUUCUGGAUUAUUCAAAAACAAAUCAAAAGGCUCCCGCAAUGAGUUAGUAAAAUGGCGUCAAAGCACCGCUUUUGUCUGAAUGAACCCCCUCAGCUCACUUCAACAUAGUUCGUUGGCAUUGAGAUGCUUUCUUGAGGUUUUUCAGCACAUAACAGAACCGAGGUUCCCCGCGCAAAAUAUGCAAACUAAGUGAAUUUGCCAACAAAUACGCAUGCGUUCACUGUUUCCUAAUAACGGAAUGCAACGCUGAAAGAUGGGGGACACAAAAUGGAGGAUGCGUUUAUUUUGUUUUGUUUUUUUAAGUGCACCGUUUUUUCAGCAGCACACUUGGACAAUCCACUGUUACUAGACGUGAGACAAAAAAAAAAAAUUGGGAUUAUUUUUUUCCUUUUUUUUGAUAGAUGGACUCUUUGUCGUACCAAUGCUUAGAAUUCGAUAAGCGGCGCCGUCCGGUGCGAAUGUGCCAACUUUUCACUUGCCUUCGCCAAACAUCUUGCUGUUGUGAACUUGUCAUUCUCUCAUCUUACAUUUUAAAAGCACGAAAUUCGACAUAUUCAUUAGACAAAUGUUACACGCGUCCGUUGCGCGUGGGAGAAGCACACGAGGCCGCAACAGACCAGCGCCCCCUGGCCCGGAAAACUGCUCGGAAGACGGUAAUCGGUCAUCCAACGCGGUCGCGUUGAGGUCAGAACUAACAGUCGUCUCUCGCAAUAUCACUUCUUAAUCCGACAUCCACUUUGUCACUUCAUAUCUCUGAUAUUUUUUGUACCACAAGAUUUUGCGGUGUCCAGUAGCAAUAAGCGCCACCCGGGAGGAAAAGAGUGCAUCCAAAGUUUGGCAGCAUUUCACACUUUAAAAAAAAAGAAUCUAGCAUGUAAUUUGUCCACUCCGAAACAGAACUGGCUAACAUAAGUGCCCGUCCUGCUAGCUAAUUUAAAAUAGCCUCCCACAAUAAGUCAGGAAAAAAUUGUAAACCCUCCACAAGGAUCCGAUUCAGACACUUUUACGUGGUUUAUUGAACAAACAAUAAAAUAAACGGAAAGCAGGUACAUGCAACAGACCAGAACCCGCCUUUUAAAGCCACACACAUUCAAAGUCACGGAUACUGCAGUGGAGAACAUGAUGUUGGUGACCCCAAGUGGAUAAAAAUAAUACCUGCAUCUCACGUAUAUUUUGGUUACAUUUGCAAAUGCCAUCAAGACGUGUUGCUAUAACAGAGGAAUAAUAACCAAAAAGCAGCCAUUUUGUUUUCUGUUUGUGUGAAAAGAACGACGACAAAAAAAUGCACCUGUGUCUAUGAUACUCCACAUCUAUGUUAAGACGUUGGGAGUUGUGCCAAAAGUUGAACAAGCACAUUUUUUUUAAUGAUAGCUCUGAAAAUGGGAUGUUGUCACGCGUGUUUGUGUCGCGGAGAUGUUUGUGCGUGUUUGCAUCUUUUAAACGACUUCCUCCUUCAACUGCCUUUGUCACUUUGUCCGGUGUCGGGUUCAAGUCGGACAUUAAAACGUUUGUGAAUAAAAAUUAAAAGUGGGGGGAAAAAAGAGAAGGAAAAUACCACAGGGGAUUGAUUUUCACAGCCCUCAAGAUGAAUACGAAUGUGAAAUUACACAUUUUGUCCUUGUAAUGAAUGCGAAGGGACUCCAGCUGUGAUGGUGACAUUCCAAUUCCGAUACCACUUCCAUCUUUAUACUUGCAGCUUCAAUUCCUCACCCGUUUCUUUCAGUCUUUGCCUCCUUUUCGCUUUUUAUUCUACUCAAAUCUAUACCCCCAUACCCUCCCUGCCUUUUUUUUUUUUAAAUGAAAACCUGCACUUUUUACGUAGCCAAUCAGUGUAGUUGUCUGGACGAAGGCGGGAGGCGAUCGAUAUGCAAAGUCAACACCCUCCAUAAAUGGCUUAUUGAUUUAAGGAUGAGCGUAUGCAAAUGAGCUCAGCCCGCGAGACAUCUAGAUGGUGAAAACGCAAAACGAGACCAAGGUUUUGUUCUUUAGCGCUAAUCUUUGAUGGCGGGGAAAUGCCUAAUUUUGGCGGAUGUGGGUUCAAAUGACCUUAAAGCGCCGCCGAGCCCAAUUUGGAGGGACAAGAAACAUCACCAACAUGUUUGGCUUUCUUUGUUUUUAUUUACCUUUUUGGUUCGGUUGUUAUGGGAAAACUGCAGUGGGGAGGAGUGACAGAAAAGAGGUUGGAAAAAAAGAACAAAUGCAGAUGUCUUAUUUGCCGUUGUAUCGAAAUCUUCAAAAUUGUCAACUAUAAACAUUAUAAGAUUUUCAAAUUUGUUGUCGUGUUUCUUCUAUGGCAUGAUAAUAUACAGUGUGUGUGUGUGUGUGGGGGGUGGGCUUUUUAAGGCCCACAUUUCAUUUUUAAAAUGGACAGAUGGGCCAAAUAAUUCAUACUGUAGACUAGGUUAUUUUUUUUAAAUGAUUAGGUAAAACUGUUAGAUGGUUUAUUUUAAUAAUAGAAUAAUUCGCUCAUUUUAAAAUUUGACAUGUAGUUUAACUUUCCAUCCAUUCAAAUUUUUUGUCCUCUUUUCUGGGUGUAAUAAGUGAAUAUGUACUGUAUGAGUUGUUUUACUAAUAAUGUAUUUUAUUCUUUAUAAUGACUCCAAUAAGACACUCUAAGAUGAAUGACUAACUGUAGUUUAGAAACAACUUCAUUUCAUGCAGCAAAUAAAAAUAAAAUACUGCUAU